CGCGUGUUCCUGCGGGGAGGAGAGAAACCUCUCCCCGGGAGGGAAGCCGAGAAGGAAGCGGGAGCCAGCCAGGCACAGCCUUUCCCCACUUCCUCCGAGAGCUUUGACCCACUUUCUCGGGCUCUCCCAGGAGGGUCUUUUGCCGGGGAAGCCUCACAGAAGGGGAAGAGGCACAGGUGGGCUCCCCUCGCCCCUUUGUUUCGCUCCGAGGCCGAAUUGGGAGGGCGCAAGGUGUGGCUCCCCUUUGAGAAGCUGCAAAUGUCUUCAAGGAAUGUCACAUCAGAGCGCAGACUGGGGCAACAUGUUCGAUCUGUCCAUUACGACGAAGUGUAUGUGGAUUCCCCUUCGCAAGAGGAUUCAGAGAGGGAUUUUCCAGAGGCUGAGCAGAAUGCCGAGCCCUUUCCUCCUCCACCGCCUCUUCCCCUUCAGCCACCCUUUGGGCCUGAAUUUUACCCAAGUGAAAGUGAAGAAUCGGCUGGAAACUCUGAUCUCAAGCCAGUGAGGAAAUUUGUUCCUGACUCAUGGAAAAACUUCUUCAAAGGGAAGAGAAGCGAUCCUGAGUGGAGUAAGCCAGUCGCUGCAAUUUCUGGUGGUGUCGAAUGCUCUCCGCCAUCGUCUCCAACACUAACUCCAGUGAAAACAGCCCAUACUUCAGCUCAGAGCUCUUACCAGGAUCCAUAUGGCGGGUCAGGGGGGACAUACAACUCUCGCAAAGAAGCUGAAGCCAUGCUUCCUUCGGAGCCCUACAGCACUCUAGAAAGGCAUACGCAAAUUGUUCAGAACUACAGUGACAAAGUUGAAGCUUUCAAUCUGAGAUACUCUUACAUGAAAUCGUGGGCAGGGCUACUGCGGAUCUUGGGUGUUGCUGAGUUGCUCUUGGGCGCAGGUGUAUUUGCCUGUGUAACAGCUUACAUUCACAAGGACAAUGAGUGGUACAACAUGUAUGGCUACUCACAACCGUAUGGUUAUGGAGCAAGCAGCACCUAUGGAGGCUAUUACUACAGCGGACCCAAGACCCCCUUUGUUCUUGUGGUGGCUGCUCUGGUUUGGAUCAUAACGAUUAUACUUCUAGUCCUUGGGACGUCCAUGUAUUAUAGGACUAUCCUUCUCGAUUCCAACUGGUGGCCUUUAACGGAGUUUGGUAUCAAUGUUGCUAUGUUUGUUUUGUAUAUGUCAGCUGCAAUAGUGUAUGUCAAUGAUGCUAACAAAGGGGGACUUUGCUAUUACCAGCUAUUUAACACGCCGAUGAAUGCAUCGUUUUGCCGUAUCGAAGGGGGACAAACUGCCGCAAUGAUCUUCUUGUUCGUAACCAUGAUUAUAUAUCUUAUCGGUGCAAUAGUUUGUCUGAAGUUGUGGAGGCAUGAAAGUGCACGGAAACACCGAGAAUAUAUGGAACAGCAAAUGAAGACACCAUCCUUGACACCGAAAAAGAUGUAUGAUGAAGAAAACUACAGUCCCAAAGUAACGUUCGAAUCAAAGAAAUUCAAACCUGGGGAAAUGAAACCUGAACUACUCAAUGGCCAUAUACCAGCAGGACAUAUUCCAAAACCUAUAGUGAUGCCAGAUUACUUAGCUAAAUACCCAGCAAUUCGGACAAACGAAGAAAGGGAUCGCUAUAAAGCUGUGUUUAAUGAUCAGUUUGCUGAAUAUAAAGAGCUCUCUGCUGAGGUUCAAGCAGUCUUAAAGAAAUUUGAUGAGCUAGAUGGGCUGAUGAGAAAGCUUCCUCGGCAACCUGGAAACACCCUGGAACACGACAGGAUUGAAAAUGUUCUGCAGCAAUAUAAAAAGAAAAAGAAUGAUCCUACAUUUUUAGAGAAGAAAGAAAGAUGUGAAUACCUAAAGAACAAACUGUCUCACAUAAAACAACGAAUUCAGGAAUAUGACAAAGUUAUGAACUGGAAUGCUUAGGAUCUCAAGCUUUCCGUCUGAUGUUUUUAUAUUUAUUUAUUGCCAUUACUGUGUACAACAUUCUGCUGUAAAGUGAAUGCUUAAACCAUACUUGGUUUUUUAAAAUACAGUUUUGGACACAGCGUAAUUGUCGGAGACAGUAGUUGGUUGUUUUUGGAGCUCCUGUACCAUUGAGACAUAUUGUGGAUAAGGUUAUUACUCAGUGGGCUAUUGCAGAAUAUUUGAGCGCUUCCGGAAAUACUCCAAAACCAUACUGUUGGAACAUUUUGAGGUUAAUCUCUAAAUGUUGCUCUGCACUUUGACUGCUGUCCUCUUUUUCUUUCUGAUAAGUAUCAUCUGUAUAUCUGUGACUUUUUUCAUGUCAGGAGCAACUUGAGAAACUGCAAGUCACUUCUGGUGUGAGAUAAUUGGCUGUCUGCAAGGAUGUUGCUCAGGGGAUGCCUGGAUGUUUUACCAUCCUGUGGGAGGCUUCUCUCAUGUCCCCGCAUGAGAAGCUGGAGCUGACAGAUGGGAGCUCAUCCUGCUCCCCGGAUUUGAACCACUGAUCUUUCGGUCAGCAGUCCUGCCAGCACAAGGGUUUAACCCAUUGUGCCACUAUCUGUGACGGAAAUCAACAUUUCCUGAAUGCUUCGCUGUGUAGUUUGCUGUUGCUGGGUAACAGUGAUUAUUCUGUAAAUAGAAAUCAAGUCUUUCCACCUGAAAUAAAAUCUGGGGAAAGGGCUUCUUAUGGAGAUCUUGUGCCUUAAGUUAAAGAUUUGUUUAUUGAUAUACCGUUAUGCCUUAACAACGUUUAAAAAGGAUAUUCUAGCCAGUAGCAACUUUUUUUUAUCCUGCAUGCCUCCUAUAACAUAUUUUCUAGUCUAAAAUAUUUCAAAAAACCAGUCUUAUUCUGAAAUACUCUUAUAUUUCAUAACAAUUUUGUAAAGAACCAAACUGUAAUCUACUUGUGUUAAUGUUAGCAAAUCCUUUAGCUGUUUUUUAAAUCUUCCAAAUCAUAUUUUGCAGACUUUAUUUGUAGUUGUUUGUACAGAGGUUAUAGACACCAAUGUUCAGAACUGAUAGUUUGCUGAUAUCAUUUUACUUGUUUUAUAAAAAUGGAUGAUGUAAAAAACA